UUGUAGACACAGCCGCCGAAGCUCCGUCGGCUCCGGAGUCGCGGGGGGUCGGGUCGCGCGGAGAGAGCGCGGAGCUCCGCGGCCGCCGCCCCGCGCGCCCUCGCAGCGCCCUCGCGCCGACGAAAUGGUCAUCAAGAAGUGAAUGCCCAGAUGUAACGGUGAGGAAAUAAUCCACAUGUCAUGAAGUAAGAUGCAGCAUAACGUUCCUCCAGAUUAGUUAAGUUAGCAGAUGAAGACAUUGUAUUUUGAAAUAUGAUUAAUCUCCUGAUGCAGCAUCAGAGGCUAACAAUAUUAAUGGCCAGAUCUAGUGCUCACAUGGUCUUCUGAAGAAGCCAUGGGUAGCUGUUGUAGCUGUGCAGAUAAAGACACUGCCCCAGAUAACCAUCGGAACAAGUUUAAGGUCAUUAAUGUGGAUGAUGAUGGGAAUGAGCUAGGCUCUGGCAUAAUGGAGCUCACAGACACAGAACUGAUUCUAUACACCCGUAAACGCGACUCAGUAAAAUGGCACUACCUCUGCCUGCGACGAUAUGGCUAUGACUCCAAUCUCUUUUCUUUUGAAAGUGGUCGAAGGUGUCAGACUGGACAAGGAAUCUUUGCUUUUAAGUGUGCCCGUGCAGAAGAAUUAUUUAACAUGUUGCAAGAGAUAAUGCAAAAUAAUAGUAUAAAUGUGGUGGAAGAGCCAGUUGUAGAAAGGAAUAAUCAUCAGACAGAAUUGGAAGUCCCUCGAACACCUCGAACACCCACAACUCCAGGGUUUGCUGCUCAGAACUUACCUAAUGGAUAUCCCCGCUACCCCUCAUUUGGAGAUGCCUCCUCCCACCCCUCCAGCCGGCAUCCUUCUGUGGGAAGUGCUCGCUUACCCUCAGUCGGUGAAGAGUCUACACAUCCUUUGCUUGUGGCCGAGGAACAGGUUCAUACUUAUGUUAACACUACAGGUGUGCAAGAAGAGCGAAAAAACCGUGCAAGUGUGCAUGUGCCCCCGGAGGCAAGAGUUUCUAACGCUGAAAGCAACACACCAAAAGAAGAACCAAGUAACACUGAAGACAGGGACCCUCAGGUUCUUCUUAAACCUGAAGGAGUCAAGUUCGUGUUAGGACCGACCCCUGUUCAGAAGCAGUUAAUGGAAAAGGAGAAACUGGAGCAGCUGGGAAGAGACCAAGUUAGCGGAAGUGGUGCGAACAGCGCCGAGUGGGACACUGGCUAUGACAGUGACGAACGGAGAGAUGCCCCCUCCGUUAACAAACUGGUGUACGAAAAUGUAAACGGGCUAUCUAUCCCUAGUGCCUCAGGGGUCCGGAGAGGUCGUCUGACAUCUACCAGUACCUCCGAUACUCAGAACAUCAACAACUCCGCUCAGAGAAGGACUGCGUUGUUAAACUAUGAGAAUCUACCAUCUUUGCCUCCUGUUUGGGAAGCCCGCAAGCUAAGUAGGGAUGAAGAUGACAAUUUAGGACCAAAGACGCCAUCUCUAAAUGGCUACCAUAAUAAUCUGGACCCAAUGCAUAACUAUGUUAAUACAGAGAAUGUAACUGUACCGGCAAGUGCUCACAAAAUAGACUAUUCAAGGCGUCGGGACUGUACCCCGACAGUCUUUAACUUUGACGUCAGGCGCCCCAGCUUAGAGCACAGGCAGCUCAAUUACAUCCAGGUGGAUUUGGAAGGCGGCAGUGACUCCGACAACCCUCAGACUCCAAAGACUCCUACCACUCCCCUUCCACAGACUCCCACCAGACGCACAGAGCUGUAUGCCGUGAUAGACAUCGAGAGGACUGCUGCUAUGUCCAACUUGCAGAAAGCACUACCACGAGACGACGGGACAUCUAGGAAAACUAGACAUAAUAGUACUGACCUGCCCAUGUGAGCCUGGAGAGCAUUACGUCGUUUGCACCGUCGUGAAGUUUUUAAAAUGAAGAUGCGAUGCUUCACUGUCAUUUCUACACUAACUCCUUUAUAGACUGCUCCGUUGUUUUCUGAAUAGUUCAUGUGCAUCUUUAAAGGGAAUUAAUGUAGAGCAGGUACUCCUUAAAGAACACUAGUUUCAUUAUAUUCUACUCAUUAUUGUACAGCAGCAUUCCCAUUUUCACAGUGCCUAUUUAAAAUGAGAUUUGAAGUGAAUGACAUGCUGGUUGUUUUUUAUUCCAUAUCCAGAUAUAUGCAUAUCUUUCACGUCUAAGUUGUGUUGGCAUUUCAACCUUUCAUAAAGUCUCUUGAUAAUGUGCAUUGCUGACAUAACUCUAGGCUUUGAAGGUAGGAUUCACUGCUCACAGUGUAUGGUCUCCAGCAUGGAACAUGAGGAAUCUUAUUUCAUUAAUUAAAGGCUUUUUGACUUGGGCCAAAAAAAAAAAAAGAAA